AUGAAAAAAAAUAAAUUUGGACUUCUAGAGGAUAUAACAGAACCAGGACUCAUUAAGAAAAGUAAUGAUGUAUCAUGGAAGAAUGAUGAAAUUUAUAAAUAAACAAAUUUUGACAAAAAUACUACUUAUUUCCACAUUAUGGGUAAAAUAUAAUACUUAAGAUUAUAAAGGUCAUGAGGAAUCCCAUGCUGUAAGAAGAAGAGAAAUAUUGAAAAAUCAUCCAGAAAUAUAAGUGCUAUUUGGAAAUGACAUCAAUUCAGCUUGGUUAGGAAUUACAUUUGUAUUAAUUCAAUUUAGCUUCAUUACUCUUUUUAGCUAGCUAAAUUUGUUUUGGUUUUUAAUAACUGCUUAUGUUUUUGGUGCAACAUUGAGUCAUGCACUUCAUGUUUUGGUUCAUGAUUUUACCCAUUUUACAUGUUUUGAAAGCAUAACACUUAAUAAGUUGAUGGCAAUUUGGGCAAAUUUCGGUCAGGGAGUACCCUCAGCCAUCACCUUUGGCAGGUAUAAAUACAUUAUGAGAUGUAUUUAGAUAUCAUGCAGACCAUCAUACUUUUUUAAAUUUGGAAGCAUUAGACCCAGAUCUUCCAUCUAGAUUAGAAUUACAGUAUAUUAAAGGUCCAGUAAUGAAAUUUUUGUUUGUGGCUUUUCUACCCUUAUUUUAUGCCUUGAGACCUGUUAUUUUAAGACCACUUAAACCAAAUGCUUAUGAAGUAAUUAAUGCAGUUUCUGUUUUUUUUGUUGAUUAUUUAAUAGUUCAUUAUAUUGGAAUGCAAGCACUACUUUGGCUUUUACUAUCUACUUAUUUUGGGUUAAGGUAUCAAAAUUAUUAUAACUUAGUGUUCAUCCUUUUGCUGUUCACUUAAUAGCAGAACAUUAUGAGUUUAUAAAUAGAAUGGAAACUUAUGAUUAUAUUGGUUGGGCUAAUUUCUUUGUACUUAAUAUUGGAUAUCAUACUGAACAUCAUGAUUUCCACAUGAUUCCCUGGACUAGAUUACCUUUACUAAGAAAAAUGGUUCCGGAAUACUAUGAAAAUUUACCAUGUCAUACAAAUUAUGUAAAUACAUUAUUGGCUUAUAUUUUUGAUGGAUAUAUGGGACCUUUUUCUAGAAUAGUAAGAUCAUCACCAGUAAAUUUCAAAUAAUGA